UUGCCACUCAUUCCGUUGAAGGCAGAGCAAGUUACCGUGGCUGCUGCUGCUGCUUCUGCUCACUGCUCACUGCCCUGCCUGCGACGACUCUGCUCGCUCGCUCGGACAUGGCUCUUCAGCUCUCGCUCUCGGCUCCCUCCCUUCGCUCCCAUAACUCGGUGCCUCGCUUUCCGAGCUCCGGCUCCAGCUCCAGCUCCAGCUCCGGCUCGAGAUGGUGCCUGUUGGGGUCCAAGAAUGCGAACCUGCGAGCUGGCGGCGGCGACGCGGGCCGCGGCAGAAGUGGGGCGGUGGUGAAGUGCAGCGUGGACACGACGGGUGUGUACACGGUGGGGAAGGUGACGGAGGUGGACAAGGACACGUUCUGGCCCAUCGUCAACUCUGCCCCCGACAAGACCGUCGUUCUCGACAUGUACACCCAGUGGUGUGGUCCUUGCAAAAUCAUAGCUCCAAAGUUUCAAGAGCUAGCCGAGAAGUAUCUUGAUGUUGUUUUUCUGAAGCUCGAUUGCAACCAAGAAAACAAGCCAUUGGCAAAGGAGCUUGGCAUAAGGGUGGUUCCCACAUUCAAAAUACUGAAGGAAGGCAAGAUUGUGAAGGAAGUGACGGGCGCCAAAUUCGAUGAUCUUGUUCUCGCCAUCGACACAGUCAGAUCCGGCUGAAGAAGGCCCUCUUUUCUACUGUUGAUAUAGUACCAUUGCAACUUGUCGACCUCAAAACGGAUGCUCUUCGAUUUAAUCUUAUCGAAAGUGAAUAUAUAUAGAAUUCAAUGUUUGGGAUAA